UCCCUCUUUGAUACGCCGGGAUCCCCUUUCAUCUUCUUCCCCUCCAAAACCCCUAAUCAGCAAUCCCGCUCGCGCUAUUAGAUUCAUCUUCUCACUGACAAAAUCCAGCUGACGGUAAUUCCUGACUUGCAUUGCUUAUUUCAAUUUUUGUAAGUUGUAAUCAGCAAUCAAAUGAAGUACGGAAUUGCAGUUUGAUCGACAGCAGAGAAGAAAAUGUUGCUCGCAGUCCUGAUCGCAAAUUCGGAAGGCAAUAUUCUUGUCGAACGUUUUAAUGGUGUUCCGGCAGAGGAACGUUUACAUUGGAGAUCUUUCUUAGUGAAACUGGGAGUAGAUAAUCUCAGAGGAGUCAAGAAUGAGGAGCUCCUUGUUGCUAAUCACAAGUCGGUGUAUAUUGUAUACACAGUGCUUGGUGAUGUCAGUAUAUUCGUUGUUGGCAAGGACGAAUACGAUGAACUUGCCUUGUCAGAAGCUAUAUUUGUUAUAACCUCAGCCCUGAAGGAUGUAUGUGGAAAACCUCCAACUGAACGCCUUUUCCUUGACAAAUAUGGUAAAAUAUGCUUGUGCUUGGAUGAGAUUGUCUGGAAGGGUUUGUUGGAGAACACAGACAAAGACAGAAUCAAGAGACUUAUACGAUUGAAGCCACCAAUUGACUUCUAAUUGACAGACACGAGACAACCUCUGCAUUCUCCAUGUGUACAAAGGGGGGCCUGCCUUCUUGCUAUGAUUACUGCGUGGAAAAUGCACUUUCAUGGGUUUGUUUCGUGAUACUCUCUACAAAUUGCUUAUUUGGCUAUUUGGUCUGUAUUUGUAUGGUUGUAGCUGUUGUUGCAUAAUAUUUGCUUGUUCUACUAUCACUUUA